UUUAACAUUUCCGCUCUAACUGUAAUUUCGUCAUAGAGGUGACGUACUUUCUCGGUCUCUGUGCGUUUGCGUUAGUACAUAUCUUAAGAGAAACUGUUGUCUUAACCAUUAAGACUAAAUGUAGUCUAGCCCAUAUCUAGCCCAUAUAGGUUAAAUAUCAGAUCACCUUGGUGCAGAAGCAGGAGUUCAGCAGAAGUUACGCAGUUCGCAGCUAACGCGGCCUGGGGAAGGACAUCGUUUUGCUUUUGGAAAGUUGAGAAACACCGCCAGAUUUAUUGGAUUAUCCAGCGCAGACAACGCGCCCUCAAGGCAAAGACAAAUCCUGCUUUUCGUCCCAGAGCACGCACGACUUUACAGCAUGGCUUCAUUAGUAACAGUGGAAACGGCUCAGGAAUAUCCAGAUCAAGUGCUCUGGAUUAAAGAAGUAACAUUUGGAGAGAAGACAAGGAAAGGUUUGGAUAAAAAGUUGCGGGAAGGGGAGAAGAAAGUCUUUCUGGAAUGUGUGUGUGCCCUUCUAAAUUCUGGUGGUGGGAUUCUCUGUGCUGAAUUCAGAAAUCCCGAAUAUAACUACAAUGAAGAUGGCAUUGGUAAAGACCUGGAAGAUGGUUUAAAUACCCUUAUUGAAUCUGCACGAAUUGAAGACUUUCUUAAGGUCACACAGCAAGAAAAUAAGUUGCGAUUUUAUGUGAGGUCAUGGUUUUCAGCAAAGGGACAAGCAAGACUCUGCAGUCUAAGCACUGGUCUGGUGCAAAGAUCUGGAAGAUCUGCCUUGGUCUUGUCACCAAGUGCAGCAAUGGAUUUCUUAAAGAGACAGGAACGAGGACAGUACGUUAGUCAAGAACAUCGUGCGAAAAAACAAAAGCUGAUGCAGGGCUCUGAUGAUGAUAUAUACGACAAAGCUAGUAAGUUCUAUGAAGAGGAAAAGGCUCAGCUCAAUGAAAUCUUGGACUUUGGUGAAAGUGUAAAUGUGGAGUUCAAAAGUUUCUGUAGUGAAAAGAAUCUGAUUAGCAGACUAAAAGAGGCACUCCCCAGGUACUUGUCUGCUUUUGGAAACACGCGCGGUGGCUUCGUCUUCAUUGGCAUAGAUGACAACACCAGAAAAGUGGUUGGUUGCGGUCAGAAUUUGGACCCUGAUAAACUGAAGAAAAGUAUUGAAGCCAUGCGUGAUAAGGCCAUGAAUCGAGCUAUUCACAUACAUCACUGUGCACAUCAGACUACAUGGUGUCCGGAGAUCAAAGUCUUUCCAGUUUCAGAAGCAGCUACAGUUAAUGACCAAAGGUAUAUUGUUGCGAUAAAAAUAUCGCCAUUCUGCUGUGCUGCGUUUGAAGAUGAUCCAAAUAGCUGGGAGUUACAGGAGGGCAUCGUAUCUAAGCUUAAAUGCAAAGAUUGGCUGGAGAAGAUGAAAUUCCCUGUCUCAGAUGACCCUCUGGUUAAAAAGUUUGAGUCUGCACUGAAUCUGCAAGAUUCUCCUCCUCAGUGUCAACCAGUGUACAGUAUUGAGAAGACUGCAGACCUACAGGAGAGAAUCUUUCCAGUAACAAACAAUGACAACAAUCCUAAAGGGUCCAUCUGUGAUAAGCUCUUGGAGAACUACCCAGAAGCCUUCGCCACUCUCACUAACCAUCAGAGCAAUCCUGGAAUUUUAAUUAUGUCCAAAAGCUGGGCUGUUGACAUCAGCCAACCAGGAAAUAAAGACGUCAUUGGCGAGGCUCUAUUGAUCAUGUCUGAGGAAUAUCCCAAACUGUUCACUGUUGUGAAGAAAGAAACUUCUGAAUUGUGGAAAUAUGCUAAAGAAACAGCAUUUCAUCUGAAACAGAAGCUGGUGAAUCUUGGUGGAUACACAAAGUGGAUUUGCGUGGUCCCUUGUCUACUGGACUGCAAUACAGGGGAGAUGAUACAAAGUGAGACUGCUGGUCACCUCCUGUAUCCUCACAGCUACAGCUUGGGUCAUCUGGAAGAGGUGAAGGCUUUGCUGCGCUCCUUAGUCAUUGUGGUCCUCAGCUUCACCUCACCACUGAGAGACAAGCUUGGCUCGGAGAUCAUCAAUCUGCUCACUGAGGAACAGUACAACAUUCUUCAGUUUUACGAAGGCCAUAAAUCUUUGUUUAUUCAUGGCUUGGCUGGUUCUGGGAAGACAUUGCUAGCGAUGGAGAAAAUCAAGAAGAUAAAAAAUUCUGAACAGUGUAAAUCAGAGAAUAUCCUUUAUCUCUGUGAAAAUCAAGGUUUGAAAGACUUCAUGAGAAAGCAGAAUCUUUGCCUCUGUGACACAAGAUCCGGCUUCAUGAUGAAGGGGGCUUACGCUGAUAUCAAGCAUAUUGUGGUAGAUGAGGGGCAAAACUUCCGCACGGAGCAUGGAGACUGGUACAGAAAGGCAAAGAAGCUGGCUAAGAGAUCAGGAGGAAUACUCUGGGUUUUCCUUGACUACUUCCAGAAAUGUCAUACCUUUGCUGAUGGCUUGCCCCCACUGACCAAUCAGACCUCCAGGGCUUACCUAGACAAGGUUGUCCGAAAUUCUAAAAAGGUAUUUAAUGAAAUGAAUAAACUAAUUGGAGUAAUUAAAACUAGAUAUAGAGGAGACAUGUCUGACCACUUGAAACGUAUGCAUGAGAAAAUGACCUAUAUCCCCUCCUUGGAAGGGAACUUUUCUGUGAUCCGUUCCUUAGCUACCUCAAUGAAAAAAGUGGUGAAACGUGUUGAAAUCCUUUUGGAGCAGGGCCAUUCACCCAGAGAUAUUGCUAUUCUCUUCUCAACUAUGGAAACUAAGUCUUCUCUGUUGCACCAAUCAUAUGUCAGACCUUCUUUCCAACAUGGUAGCAUAGAGAAUAUAAAUGAUGAUGUGGUAGUGAUGGACACUAUCCGCAGGUUCUCUGGCCUGGAGAGAGACAUUGUGUUUCUGAUUGAACCAGCUGCUCAUUACAGCCAGUCUGAGAUUGAGCCCAAUCUUUUGCUGACUGCAUAUUCCAGAGCUAGAAUCAGGCUUUAUGUUUAUCAUCUUCCUUGAGAUGAUAUGGAGCAAUUUCCAGAGCUGCAGUUACACAUGCUAGCCAAGCCAGUUAAACUCAGAAGUAUUACUGAUAUUUAUGGUUGAACGCAGUGAUGUAGGCUGAAAGCUUUUCACUGGUUAAAAAUCAUUUGUCCUUUUAGAAUAUCAGAACAUGCACACACAUAAUUGUAUUUAAACAAUGCUCAAGUUGUACUCAGUCAUAAUUGUAUGUUGCUUUGGAUGAAAGUGUCAGCUUAAUGUAAAUGUUUCACCCGUUUGUAUUAUGUGUAUCAGUUAAUUCCAAAUCACACUUGCACCAAUUACUGUACUUACUCUGUCUUUUACUUUGUAAUAAUGAUAGUAUAUCAGAAUAUGCACAUAUUUAUAAUCUCAUCAUACCCUUUAUUUUUCCCCUGCAGACAAAUAGUCCUGCAUUUUUAAAUAAUUGAAAAUGUUUGUGUGCUUUUCAAAUUACAAUUAAUUUUCGCUAACACCUUUAAUAUUACAAUGUCAAUACUGAGUGAUGAAAAAGUUUCAGAACUAAAUUAGGAAUUCAUCAGUGAAUUGUUUGUAUUUUUCUUUUUAAUAAUGUUCACAAUUAGUUGUCUACUACAUAUACUACAUUUAUUACAAUAUUUGUAUUUCUAAAAAUACUUGAAAUAUUAAACAAAUUGUCAUUUUUUUAUAAUGUCUAUAAGAUGGUUUUGUUUUACUUAACAGUGACGAACCGCUAAUGAUUUUACUAGUUUGAAAAUACGAGUUAGGGUAUAAAUAUUCGCGCCAUAAAACGCAUCCUAACUUACACCUGGGAUAAAGCCACAUGUUAAACGGAUCCUCGUACGUAAUUCUCUUGCCCUUGAAACCCGAUUCUCGCUACGGCGGAAUAUUUCAAGACUAAACUAUUUGCUUAGAACUUCAUAGACAAUUACACAAAUUACGAAAAACAAGUUAUGAAAACACCCAUAGCAUCUGAAUCAAAGGACGUCCAUAACAUAAUCUUCGUUAAAAGUGGUUUUGCUCUUUAGGUCCACAAGGGGGCGGCAUACGCACAGAAUUCAUCUAUCUGGCGCACGGUUUAAUUUAAAAUGUAUUCUUGUCAAUACCCAGAAGAGCUUAAUGGUCAGUAUUGCUAUUUAAACUGAAACGUAACAGAGAAAACAUAUAGAAGUAUAAACC